UUUAUUGUAGCAGUACAAGACCCAUAGAAUACAGUCUGCACAUGUCUUAGUUAAAAACUUGGGAAAACCUGUGCCGUGCGUGGGAGCAUUUGAUUGACAUUCUGACUGUGGGCGACUUUAGUGAGUGGCUGUGCCGCUAUCGCACCUGAGGCUGCAGCAAACAGAGCCUGGGUACAGCGUCCGAACGUGACCGCGUGCGACAAACAAGGAGCCCGCGUGCGGCCCUCGCGCGCCGCCGUAGCUGGAGGACCAUCCGCGACUGGAACCCGGGCCCGGGGCCGCUCGCGCCUUUUGGACUUCGGACGCGAGACCAGAGUCCGGCGUCUCCCGCGUCCAGCAGGUUCUAACGGUCAAUGCUCGGCCGUAUCCGCUCCUGCUUCUCAUCUGUCGGUCUGUUUGCAACAUGCCGCAGGGGAGAUCCGGACGCCAGCAGGACCUUCAGGUACUCGUGCAGCACGUCCCCGCCGCCGCUGUCGCCGAGCACUGGGAGAACGUGGAGCUGCUGGCCCCCUUUGCCCGCGACUUACUCUGGCUGUAGUUUGGACCUGGCUUCUGGAAACGAGUGUUGUGUGAUUCAUGUGCCAGAAUUAGAAUGUGAAAGGUCAACAUGUUUGCAACUUGCAGCUUGCAUACCUUGCAGUGCUCCUGCGGAGAAGCGGGACGUCCAGUGUUCUGGAAAGUUUGCAUUAUCUCGAUGUUUUAUGAAGUUGGACUGGCCCGAUAAAUUCAAGUGUUCCAAAACAACGCAUUGUUUGGAAAAAAGCUUGGUCUUUUAUCUUUUAAACUUUGUACGCCAUUAUUCAGUUUUACUUCUGAGACCUAUUUUUAAAGUGUGUGAACCGGACACCAGGUACUUUGCAAUACAGCCCUUGUGUUCACUAUUUUUUAGGGCAAUGGAAGCAGUGUCUUCAAAUACGGAAGAAGAUAAUACAAUGAUGCUUAUCGAUUGUGAUCAGCAAAGCAACGAAGAACAUCAGGCAGAGUUAACACUUGAGCCUGCAACUUGCGUCGGGGAUUCGCCUGCUAACUCAGGCUGGUUACUUUCAGAUUCAAAUGAUAAAGGCUGUCUGCAAAAUGAUGUUCUUGAGGGAACAGAAAAAACAGAAGAAACAAAAGAAAAGAGGUUGAAAGCAAAGAAGCGGAAGAGAAAUCAAUCUGCUGCAAAGAAUGAAAUCAAAGGUCUUCUGGCAGAACUUCCAUUUGCAAAAGCUGAAAUUAGGGAAGAGUGUGGCUUUACUGCACUCCCUGAAAAGACUUCGAAGAAAAAGAGAAAGAGGACUUUAGGUGGUGAGAAUGAAGAUGAUGCAGGUCAAAAAAAGAAGAAAAAGGUUCAUCCAAAUUACUUUGUUUCUAUCCCAAUAACAAACCCAAAGAUUAUAGAUGGCGUCAAGGCUGUACAACAAAUUGUCGUCCAAGCGGAUGAAAGACUGUCCAAGGCCAUGAUACCGGUUGCCUGUCUCCACGUAACCAUUCUUGUGAUGCACUUGGCAAAUGAGGUGGAGGUAAACAAAGCAGUGAAUGUUGUUGAAGAAUGCAAGGAGACAAUGCAGGAAAUCCUGCAGGGAAAACAGCUGGCUUUGCAAUUUCAAGGGAUUGCUGAUUUUAGAGGUGAAGUUGUUUUUGCCCAACUGGUGCAAAAUGAACACUUGACAACACUAGCUGUCAUUGCAGAGACUGUGAAGACAAGGUUCCAAGCAAAUGGCAUUUUGACUGCAGACAGCAAAGCUUUUAAACCUCACCUGACCUUUAUGAAACUAUCAAGGGCACCAAAACUACGUCACCAGGGAAUUAAGAAAUUUUCUCCAGAACUCUAUAAAAAUUUUGAAGAUCGUUAUUUGGGUGAUGAGAUUGUGACUUGUCUACAUCUUUGCUCAAUGCUGAAGAAGAAACAACCAAAUGGUUAUUAUCACUGUGAGACAUCGGUUCCUGUGGGGAAAAAGUGUGAUACUGACGUAAUUAAGAAUGCUCUGCAGAAAGAAACCAUUACAGUACGGUGCAAACUUAAUCAGAUAAAAGAACUAUUGUCGCACCCAGGGAUACAAAUCAGAAUACAGAGGGAAAUGGCUGUAAGCAGCACUGCAAAGAAGCAGUGAUAAGCAGAAGUAUCUGACUGUCAACAUUGGUUCUUAUGGCUUUUGUAAACUGAGAAGAAAAAUACAGAGAUAAGCCUCGUAGGAAGUGAAAGUUGAGGCCACUUAAGAUUAAACUAGUUUUUUACAUAUAAUUUUAUAUUUCAGCUCCUUUGGUUUGAAAGUUUAAAAUUUAGUGUUUCUUUAUUGACAUUUUAUCAAUAUGUAAUAUUGUAGCUCUUUAUUCAGUUCAAAUGUAUUUUGUUUAACAUAUACAGAUAAAUGUAUAUCUAUUUACAUUUAGUACCUUUGUUUUUGCAAACAUUAAGUUGAAUGUUGCCGUUACUGGACAGUCAUUACUUUUGUGGAUCAUCAAUGAGAGAUUACCUGAGGAAAAUGUGUUUUGUUUUGGUGGUCUAAAUUUAAGCCAAAAUAGUUAAAUAGAAAGAGCAAUUCAGAAAAUUACUCAUUUCAACUUCACUUGCUUCAGACCAAUUUGCAUAGCUACAUAAGUAUGGCACUUGAUUAAAUCAGUAUAUUUAAAUUCAUGAAAUGUAAUUUGUCCCAGAAAAUAUUACUGGCGUACAGUCUAUUAACUUUCCAGCACUGAGUUAUAGCAAUGCUUUCUGGCAUUUGAGAUGGCAUGAAAUUUUUUGUUUGUUUAUUCAUUCACGGAAUGAGGUUGUCACUGGCUAGGCCAGCAAUAAAUGUAUUUAAUGCCCAGAGGGCAAUUUAAGAGUCAACCACAUUGCUGUGGGUCUGAAGUCACAUGUACGUCAGACCAGGUAAGGCAGUUUCCCUCCCUAAAAAAAGAGAGCCAGGCAGAUUUUUUUACCCCUCCUCAACAAUUAGCAAUGGUCAAUAUCAGAUUCAAAUUCUACCAGCUGCUGUGGCAGGAUUUAAAACCAGAUCCCCAGAAUAUUACUGGGUCUCUGGGAUAAUAGUCCGGUGAUAAUCCCACUAGGCCAUCUCCUCCCCUUGAAUUAUCUGCCUCAUUUGUAUACACCAACAUUUCAACAUUCUCUACAUCAUAACUCAUUUUAUCCUUCACAAAUUUUCAUGGCGAAAUUGAUUAAAUCUUAGAUGCUGCAAUUUUGAAGUUUGAAGUUAAUAAGUUUUAAAUAUUGAUUGGUUGACUCCAGAGACUGCCAGAAGCAAAAUUAUUCUGCCAGUGCUUAAGCAGAAUGAGUAUUUAGGGUUAUUUAAACUAUUGUUUGAAUUCAUGAGUCACUGUGCCCCAUUGGAUCCUCAAACCCUUUCAUUUCCAAGAAACAGCAAAGCAUUGUUUCGCAGUUAAAACCUGAUGGCAGAGUUUUUGACAUUUGAAGAGUGGGUUUGAAUAUUUAUUUUCUGAGAAUAGUGAAUAAUUCAGAAUGUCAAAUAUGAUUUAGCAGUAUGGUCAAAUUGUGACUCAUUGUUCAUUUAAUUUCACUACAAGCUUGUUUUUCUGUCACUUUGGAGUCCGUUUCUUAAGCCAAGGGGAUAAUGAUUUUAAGAGCCUGAGAUGAAUAAAUAAAUUGCUUUGUGUAUGGAUUUAUAAUAGCUGUGAAUGCACAGAAAUGGUCUAAAUAAGCUACGUGAGCAUUUCAGGGCAGGGAGAGGCACUAAAACAAAAAUCGCUUGCACCAAAUGCACAUGAAUAAUUUUCAUACAUAUGGAAGGUAUUUGGUUUUUGAUUUAAUAUUUUUCAUUCCUUUAUUAACUUUGCCAUUGUUGAACACAAAGCAUGUUUUUCUACUCAAAUUAUCUCACGAAAUAAAAUGUAACAAAAACAUGUUAUGUUAAUAGUUUUAAACUGAUUUUAGUUGAGGCCAGGGAAAGAAUGAAAGCAUCGGUGGCUGAAUUCAUAUCGUAACUUUUAAAGGUUCUUAGUGGAUUGUGAUGUGACUGUUGAUACAAGCUAAUGGUUUUUAAAUAUGACUGUAAAAUAUUUUAAAAUAAAAAUUAUUCCAUUGUGUUUAUCA